UUCUUGUACAGCUCCCAUAGCGCUUCCUGUGAACGUUACUGAUAUGAUGGGGACAGACAGUGAAGUGUUCUUUGGUCAGUUUCAAACAGUCCCUCUAUCAGAGUGUCAACCCGACUUCUCCGGUCAGCCUUACUCCGUGUCCGUCCUUAAAGUCGGAUAUUGUUUAUCUCAGACCGACGGGACGUAUAGAGCCGACGGGACCAUCACCCUCAUAACGGGGCCCAGGAUUAUUCUGGUGGACACCGGUGGACCGUGGAACCGGGACUUCCUCCUAAUGACACUGAAAGAGAGGGGUCUAGAACCGGGAGACAUUAACUUUGUCGUGGGGACUCACGGGCAUUCAGACCACGUAGGAAAUCUGAGUCUUUUCCCAACAGCAGUGAUGAUUGUAGGAUAUGAUAUAAGUGAAGGGGACACAUACCGUCUCAACAAGCUGGCAGAGGGACAUGCUUACUCUAUUGAUGAGCAUGUAUCUGUAGUUCCCAGUCCAGGCCACUCAGGACAAGAUGUCAGCGUCCAGGUGAAGGGAACCUCGGCAGGGACAGUGCUUGUUGCAGGGGACUUAUUUGAGUGCUGCUCAGAUGAGGACAGCUGGCGGGAUCUGAGUAUGAACCCUGCAGUUCAGGAGGUCAGCCGCCAUGAGGCGCUACGCACCGCUGAUGUCAUCAUACCGGGACAUGGACUCCCAUUUAGAGUCCUCAGGAACUGAUGAACCCUGGAGAUCAAUACUGAUAUGUAAGGAAGUGGCUUGAUUUACUGUAGGUGGAGUUUUACAACUUAACUGGAGCUGCUUGACAUAAUGUCAUCAGACUGCGAGCUUGACUGUUUUCAUUCCAACCAAAGUUUACAUAGGUUCAUCUUACUGAUUAACACUUCUUCAGAUAGAGAAGAGCAGCUCCUCUUUUACCAACCAACUCAUUUGGCUACACAGACAAAAACAAAAAAUUGUUUUACAUUUGUAAUUGUAAACAAAUUUUCACUUACCAUACAAUAUGUUAUAUGACCCAUGACCCAUGAUGUGUAUUGAACCUACCUGUAUUCACGUCUACAUCCCUGUAACAAGGUGUGAACUUACACCACUGGAGAUCAGCAAAAAAAAUGAUUUUCAGCUGCUGUUAA